CGCGUGGCGGCGCUGUGCCUGCUGUGGUACGCGCUGAGCGCGGGUGGCAACGUGGUGAACAAGGUGAUCCUGAGCGGCUUCCCGUUCCCGGUGACCGUAUCGCUAUGCCACAUCCUGGCGCUGUGCGCGGGGCUGCCUCCGCUGCUGCGCGCCUGGCGCGUGCCCCCCGCGCCACCCGUGUCGCCCUCGGUACCUGGCCCGCACACGCCGCCCGGCCCGCUGUUGCCGCCGCGCUUCUACCCGCGCUACGUGCUGCCGCUCGCCUUCGGCAAGUACUUCGCAUCCGUGUCGGCGCACGUCAGCAUUUGGAAAGUGCCCGUGUCCUACGCGCACACCGUCAAAGCCACCAUGCCCAUCUGGGUGGUCCUUCUGUCCCGUAUCAUCAUGAAAGAGAAGCAGAGUACCAAGGUGUACCUGUCCCUCAUCCCGAUCAUCAGUGGUGUCCUGCUGGCCACUGUCACAGAGCUGUCCUUCGACAUGUGGGGGCUCCUCAGUGCACUGGCAGCCACCCUGUGCUUCUCGCUUCAGAAUAUCUUCUCCAAAAAGGUGUUGAGAGAUUCCCGGAUCCACCACCUACGGCUGCUGAACAUCCUGGGUGGCCACGCCGUCUUCUUCAUGAUCCCCACCUGGGUCCUGGUGGACCUCUCAACCUUCCUGGUCAGCAGCGACCUGGCCUAUGUCUCCCAGUGGCCCUGGACACUCCUGCUGCUGGCCAUCAGUGGCUUCUGCAACUUUGCCCAGAACGUCAUCGCCUUCAGCAUCCUCAACCUCAUCAGCCCCCUGAGCUACUCGGUGGCCAACGCCACCAAGAGGAUCAUGGUCAUCACCGUGUCGCUCAUCAUGCUGCGCAACCCAGUCACCAGCACCAACGUCCUGGGCAUGAUGACGGCCAUCCUGGGCGUCUUCCUGUACAACAAGACCAAGUACGAUGCCAACCAGCAAGCCAGGAAGCACCUCCUCCCCAUCACUGCAGGAGACCUGAGUGGCAAGGAGUACCCCCGGGGUAUGCUGGAGAAGCCCCAGAAUGGCCUCCUCCCCACGCAGCUCACAGACUAUCAGUACAGCCGCAACAACGUCCUAACAGAUCACUUCCAGUACAGCCGGCAGAGCUACCCGAACGCAUACAGUUUGAACCGUUACGAUGUGUAGAGUCGGGCGUGCAGGGCCCCUCCCUCACCCCAAGCAGGACCGAAAACGCCUGGCACCCAGUGACUCAAAGCUGAAGGGACAGUGCAGGACCACGGGGUCCCCUCGACCUUCUCUGCACCUGGGGGCAGAGGGAGAACCUGCAGGGGUGUGGCAUUACCGGACUGGCUCAGGCCAGGGGUGCAGCGAGCUCCUGGAUGCACCUCCGGCAGCAGAGGGACCCGGUUUCCCGGCACCCAGGGUCCCUCUGCAAUGACCACUGGCAAACGGCCGUGGUGAAGGGUCAGCAUAAGCUCCCGCACCUGCUUCUUGACCCGGUCAGGCAGAGUUGGGGGCCCAGACUUGGGGAGUAAGGAAGCUGCUUGCACUCCACCCCGUCCUUUGUACCCCAGCCGGAAGCAGGACCAGGCUCCCCUCCAGGUGGCAUGGAGGAAGUGAAAGUGGGGGAGCACCCAAGACGGGUGGGUGGGUGUCUGGGGAGAAGAGGAUGCAGAGGGCUCAUGCUGUUUCCAUCAUCCCUGCCCUGUCUUCUAGUGGGGUCUCGUCUCCCCUGGGUGACCCGGUCGGUGGGGAGGAGCUUGGUUUCUUUUUUUUUUUUUAGAGAACAUUUUUAGUUGUGUGUUUUAUGCCCUGUCCUCGUGGAGGGGCCUUGAGGGCUGGCUUAUGGGUGGAAAGCCCUCCCUUUUUCCAAGAACGGUUCCAGCGGGAAGCACAGCUCCUCUCGAAUGACCCUAAUGCUUGAAUGUGGAAUCGGGAAGGUGGUCCCCUUUUUUAUGUCCGAGGGGACCUGGCCCUGCGUUUUGUCUGGUUGGGAAUCAUCCUGGAGGAGGAGAAAAGGGAUAACCCCUAGCGAGGCUUGGCUUUGCUCGAGAUGAAAUUUGAGUUUGUCGGAAUCAUGUAAUCAGUAAAAAACG